UGUGCGGCCUCUUGCGAGCAACCCGCCUUCCGCGAUGGCUGCGCUCCUCCGCGCAGUAGCGCCGUCCGACUGCGUCGCCCCGUGCCAGCAUGCCCCGGCGGGCAGGCCUGUCGUCGACUGCUCCGCCUAGCGCGUCGACUGCGCGCCGCCGACAGGGAGCUUCAUCUCCUGCUCUGCCUUGCUGCGUCCUGCUUUUUCCGUCUCUGCUCUUCCGUUUCUGGUGCUGGGUGUUGUCCACGGCGGCGACCCCAUACACAACCUUCACACUGGCUGCUCAAACGCUCCCCGCUAUCCAAAACCCUCACGCUCGUUACCCCCGCCCAUACCAGCCCUCGCUCACUCCGCCAUACGACGACCACCCGAAGCUGUAUCUGGACCAGUCUCCUAUUCCCCGCCAGUCCGGUUUCCCUGAGCCAGACCGCUCAUGGUUGGCCCAUAGAGGGCUGAGGGGCUCUGACGAACAGGUCCUAAUGUCGCGCCCGGGAGCGGCAGGAUCUCAGUCAGCGUCUACCACCCCUCAGAUGUCGCCGGCCCACCCCCGUCUGAGCAUGCACCCGCUGCAGAGGGACGGUACGCAUGAUGCUCCGACUAACGCACACGUUUCUCUUCCCCCUCUCCGCCAGCUAUCGAGCACUCCGCCAACGCCAUCCGCGGAUCGAAGACCGGGCAAUCCUUUGGGCGUUCAUUCUAUCCUGAAUCCUCAGGCGGACUUGGUGGAGCAACAGCGGAACCGGAGGCGUAGCGGCUCGCAAAUGGAGUCUCCGUCUCCAAUUGAGACGCAGCCAUCACAGAGCCUGCCUUCUAUCAGCCGGCCUACGAGUGUCGAUUCGAUGCAGGGCGAGCCGAUACCGUCUAGACCAUUCCACCCACCAGGUCGACCAUCAGGAAGGCAUUUAAUGGCUCCGAGAUCCCCCACGCUGCACCGUACCCAGAGCCUGGGUAUCCUGAAUCCAGCGAAUCUGAAUCCCCCAACGGGAACGAUAGAUGCACACCAGUCGCCCUUUCUGUCCUCAAGCGGCCGGCCUUUGGGCUCCGAUCCGGUGACGUCGCAGCCUGCUCUUCCAACGCCCCCGGUGGGAGGGCGUGUUACCUAUUUUCCUACCGUGCCUCCGACGGCACCAACCCCACCCCCGAGCAUGGUCCGGACGAACGAGCUCAGGCGCCCGAGCAUGGGCUUUCCGCAGUCAGGGAGCGCCAGUCCGAUUGCGAAUUACUCUCCGUAUAGCCAGCCUGCCUCCGUUGCCUCGAGUCAAUUUGAAGCUUCUAGCCAGCAAGGUUCUUACAUGCCUGCGCCGCACCACCCACAAAUGCAGGAGCCGCACCGCAUACCUUUGGCGAUGGAGACAGAGCGCAACAGCAGGAUCCCAAUGGCGCCCUCCAGCCAGAGCAGCAUUCAGAUCAUGACCAUCAAGAGCCAGCAAGGGCACCAUGUCCAGAUUCCCGUUGAUGUUCAGGCCGCGUCCAAGGUGGCCGACGAAAAGAGAAAGCGCAACGCAGGCGCGUCGGCGAGAUUCCGCGCCAGACGAAAAGAGAAAGAGCGCGAGGCUUCGAUGAGCAUCGCCCGUCUGGAACAACAGCUCCGCGACGCCCUCGAGGACGCGGAAUACUACAGAAAUGAGAGGGAUUACUUCAAGUCCGUCGUCUUCCAGCAGCCAGGCGCCGAGCGACACUAUGCUAGAGCCCCGUCGCCUCGUCUGAGGCGACUAUCUGCCGCGCCUUCUAUCGCCCCGUCCUCCACGACUGGUGAUGGCUCGCGAGACUCUCCCUACUCUGGGUACGACGAUGAGGUGCUGGAGUCGGACAGAAAUGUUCGAAGGAGGACCAACAACUACCACCCUAUUUCUGGGCCAGCUCCCACACCUUUGGAAGGCUCUGGUCUGCCCGCGACAGCUUACGCCGCGCCUGCUUUUCCAUCCGUGAACGCAGCACACCCCGGUGGUCUGAGUGGGCAUCGACCGCCCCCUCAGCCUUUUGAUCCCCGGGAACAAAGGCCGCUCCCAGAGUUGCAGCAGCCACCACCACCACCACAGCGACCCACUCUCCGCGACCCAUUUGCUUCGGAGCCGGCUCGCUAUGAGAACAGGCACUGGGGCCCGACCCCGGGCCCAGGACCGGACAACCGAGGGUGA